AUGGCAUCCAACAACGAGACGUCCCUUUGCCCGAAGCCAUUUCUACAGGAUUCUCUCUAUUCUAAUGGCGGCUUCGUGGAUGGGCGUCUAUGCCAGAAGUUGAGCGAUGAUCUCACUUGCUGUCUUCCGUGCCCCUUGACGGAUUGGGCGUAUCCGGACAGUUUUCAGACGAUGAAUCAGGCGGCAAACUGGGUGGCUGUUGUGAGCACAGUCUUCUGUGUUUUUCUGCUGCUUUCCUGGGCUGUGCUCCCAGUAGAGAAGACCUACAGGCAUUACCUGAGCAUAUGUCUAACGAUCGGCGUGUUGUUCAUGAACUUUGGCUUCGUCAUCCCGUUGGCUGGCAAUCCUGCGCAGUGCGUUGACGACAUUACGCCUGCUUCCAUGACUACUGACUCGAUGUGUGCUGCAUCUGGCUUCUUCCUCAUCAUCGGGGGCUGGGCGGGCGUGCUGUGGAUCUUCCUGCGUGCUCUGUCCCUUCACCUCCAGAUUUGCUGGCAACUGGUCGUUGGUCGCAACUUCAUGUGGUUUGCUCAGGCCAUCGGCUGGGGCAUCCCGAUCACCGGUGUGAUUCUCGCCUUCGUUUUGAGCGGAGUGUCGUUCCGAUUCGGCCAAACCUGCCACAUCAACCACGAAAACAGCCUGGCUGUUCUUUGGAUCCCUCUCCUUGUGUUUGCCGCUUUGACUAUCAUCAUUCAAUUCGCCACCUUUGGCUACUGCAUCAAGGUCUACCUGGCGUCGCUCGCCGACAACAGCGCCUCGACUGAAGGCUCAGGGAUGCCCUCGUACACGAACAGCAUCCGGACCAUGACGCCGAAGCAAGCCUACCGCCGUGUUCGGCGCGUUAUUGCUCUCCAGUGGAGAGGCAUUGCGAUCGUGCUCAUCAUCGUUUGCGACGUCGUCUUCUUCUCGAUCAUCUUCGUUUUCCAGGACAACACUGUGCAAACCGCCAAAAACGACCCGACCACCGCGGCCCCGUGGAUUCUCUGCCUGGCGAUGAACGGCGGCGACAAGGUGCCAUGUCUUCCCGAAGCGAGCAAGCUCACUGUCAAUAUGGCGACCAUCGGCGCCGUCCUGUUUCUCCUAGGGAUUAAUGGACUAUGGCUCCUCAUCCUUCUCGGCCGCUGGUCCAUGGUUACCGGCUGGGUCGAUCUGUUUAGUUCGAGCCCGAGCAGGAGCCAGAGGGAGUUCGUCUCAGUCGAUGCUCGUCUGGACGACCUGAAGAAAGAAACACGUUCGUACGAGAUGCUAUCCCGGGACACCGGGAAGACCAUGGACGAUUCAGUAACACCCUCCGUAGUGACCCCCAUCUCCCCCACUCACGCGAGGUCGGCGGCGGGGAGCCCGAUAAACCAUGAGUACAUACAAAUGUCCAAUUCCGACGGGCGCCGGACUCCCGAUUACUUCGGCAACACCGCUCGAUAUCACACCCCGGCACGAUCGUUUUCCAGCCCACGGCCUCCUCAGCAAACAGUCACGUGGGACGCCCGGGAAACAUACGCGCGGCCAACAUCACCCUACAACGCUCAACAGGACCGAUAUGUCAACCCGCUGGGCAUGAACAGGAUAUAA